CGCAAGAAAGCUACAAACCCCCCCCCAAAACAAAUCCUAGAACCAUUUGCCUCUGAAUUCACUCUCUACUCGCUGCAUUUUCCUUCUUCCGCUCUCUUUUUCAAUCAUCUUACGGGAUUGCACCGGCAAUAAGCACAAAAAGCCGCCCGAUUCCCCAAGAUCUUCUCCCAAUCCCACUCGUUUUGAUUCGCAAAUGGCGAUGAAGCGGGGACUAUCAGGCGCGGGCAUCCACAGGAACAAAGGCGGUGGAUCUCGGUUCCCUUUAGCAAUUAUCAUUCUCUUCGCAGUGCUCGUGCCCUUGGUUUUCUUUGUCGGCCGAGGACUCCACCCCACUGAUCUGGAUGAUCUUGCAACUGAUCCUGGUAAACAGAAUGUGGAUUGGAGAGAAAGAUUGGCAUUGCAGCAUUUCAAAUCUCUCUUCACAAAAGAGGUAAUUGAUGUUAUCACAGCCAGCACAAGUGAUAUGGGGCCUUUGAGUCUUGAUACCUUUAAGAAAAACAACUUGUCUAUCUCAUGGAAAGUCGUUGGGACAGACACUUCAGUUGUUGACACUUCUGAGCCAAGCCAAGCAGCUGCAGUUGUUGGAAAAGAAACACCCAAGGGCAACAAGGAAAAUUCUUCAGAUGAUCAUGCUCAACUUAUUGGCAAACCUGCAGACCUAGUCCGAAGGCAAUUGCGAGAAAAAAGACGCAUAAAGCGUGCUUCUGAGUUGAUACAACAGGAUGAUGAAGCAAUUGUAAAACUUGAAAAUACUGCCAUUGAACGCUCCAAAUCAGUUGACUCUGCUGUUCUGGGAAAAUACAGCAUAUGGAGGAAAGAAAACGAAAAUGAGAACUCUGACUCGACAGUACGCUUGAUGCGGGAUCAAAUGAUAAUGGCAAGGGUAUAUCUAACUAUUGCAAAGAUGAAAAACAAGGUUGAUUUAUACCAAAAACUGCAGGCUCGGCUUAAAGAGAGCCAGCGGGCCCUAGGAGAGGCCGCCACUGAUGCCGAUCUACAUCACAGUGCACCUGAGAGAAUGAAAGCUAUGGGCCAAGUUCUGUCAAAAGCAAGAGAGCAAUUGUAUGACUGCAAUUUGGUUACAGGGAAGCUGAGAGCAAUGCUUCAGUCAGCUGAUGAACAUGUUAGGAGCUUGAAAAAGCAGAGCACAUUCUUGAGUCAGUUAGCUGCCAAGACCAUUCCAAAUGCAAUCCACUGUUUAUCUAUGCGCUUAACCAUUGAAUACUACCUCCUUCCUCCAGAGAAGCGGAAGUUCCCCAGAAGGGAGAAUCUGGAAAAUCCAAAUCUUUAUCAUUAUGCCCUCUUCUCAGACAAUGUAUUGGCUGCAUCAGUGGUUGUAAACUCAACUGUCACUAAUGCUAAGGACUCUUCAAAACAUGUAUUUCAUCUUGUCACUGAUAAACUCAACUUUGGAGCCAUGAAUAUGUGGUUUCUGUUGAACCCUCCUGGAAAAGCCACAAUCCAUGUUGAAAAUGUUGAUGAAUUUAAGUGGCUUAAUUCAUCUUACUGCCCAGUUCUACGUCAACUCGAAUCUGCUGCAAUGAAAGAGUACUAUUUCAAGGCCGGCCAUCCGACCACACUUUCAUCUGGUGCUGCUAAUCUGAAGUACAGGAACCCAAAGUAUUUGUCAAUGCUUAACCAUCUAAGGUUCUAUCUACCACAGGUUUAUCCAAAGUUGAAUAAGAUCCUCUUUCUUGAUGAUGACAUUGUUGUUCAGAAAGACUUGACUGGACUGUGGUCUGUGGAUCUCCAUGGAAAGGUUAAUGGUGCAGUGGAAACCUGUGGUGAGAGCUUUCACCGUUUUGACAAGUACCUUAACUUUACAAAUCCUCAUAUUGCAAGAAACUUUGAUCCAAAUGCGUGCGGUUGGGCUUAUGGGAUGAACGUUUUUGAUCUAAAGGAAUGGAAAAAGAAGGAUAUUACUGGCAUAUAUCAUAAGUGGCAGAACAUGAAUGAAGAUAGGGUACUUUGGAAGCUAGGGACAUUACCUCCAGGAUUAAUUACAUUCUAUGGGCUGACACAUCCUCUUGAGAAGUCAUGGCAUGUGCUUGGUUUGGGUUACAAUCCAAGUGUGGAUCGCACCGAGAUUGAGAAUGCUGCAGUUAUACAUUAUAAUGGCAAUAUGAAACCCUGGCUGGACUUGGCAAUGACAAGAUAUCGGUCGUACUGGACUAAGUACAUCAGGUACGAUCAUCCCUACCUUCGCACCUGCAACCUAAGUGAAUGAUCUGGAUUACUGGGUGGUAGAAAGUCUUACUGCGAGAUCAAGUCUCUUCUAACUAAAACGUCGCUUUUGUUUGCUCAAGCGCAUGGGGGAUAAGAUUCACUUUCUUUUAUGUGCAGUAUUUCCCACAUCACAUGAUUGCUUAAUUCUUCUUUUUAAUUCAUUGAUUUCAUUCCUCACCCCCCAUUGAAACGUUGUAACUAAUGUCUCGUUGACCUGUAAAAACACCCCUAUUGUAUCUCACUUUGGAGGUUAGUCCGAUUUGGACAGGAAUAGGAGUCGAGUAGCUGUAUUCAUUGAAAUUGCUCGGUUUGAACUAA